AUGGAUUCCUAUCAAAGAGAAUCUACUCGGAGGUUGAGAAGAAACAGCCAAACUGUCCAGGACAUUAUUCACAAGGGCAUCCACGAGGCCAGCCGAGACACUCCUGUUCCUGCGAAAGCCAGCAGAGACCCCAGAAUGAUUCACUCUGUUGCCAGUCUGAUCCGAGCAAAGAGCAAACUGCUUUUGUUGGAAAGCCCGGACACUGUGGAGAUAUAUAAGCUCGACGAUGCAUCCCCUCGUUCUCGACCGGUCAAAGAUGGAGUCUACCUGCCGACCAUCGCCACAAAGGCCUCCAGUCUGACCUCCUUAAGGGGCCUAGGGUUACGUUCAUUGAGCCAGUCCUGUCCUUACCUGUACGACAAACGCAGAGGCUCCAUCUCCUCUGUUGGAUCACAAAAGAUGCAAAACCCAAUUGGAAAACAGAGUUCUUUGAAAACUCGGCGAGAAGCUAAAAGAUCCAAUGUGACAGUUUCAAUGACCUACCUUGGGCAAGGUCGUCGGGGGUCUUCUAUCCAACUAACUCAGGAUGAACUCAAAAUCCUGCAGCAGGUCAAUGGAGGGGAAAACAUCUGUGUCUUUAAGGGCUUGGUGACUCCAGGAGAACAGUUCCAGUUUACAUCACAGAGACACAGAGGUUACCCAUUCAGCACCACAUUCUAUGUCAACGGGCUCAUGGUGGCGAGAAUCAGCUCCUGUUGCGAGUAUCGCUACACACCGGGCUUCCAGCAGGGCAAGAAGAGCUGCUUCAGACUGGCCUGGCUCGCGGGGGGAGUUCCCUGCUAUAGAGUGAACCACAACCUCACAUCAAGACCACACAUCUGCUCGCAUGAAAACCAUGAUGACGAAUCGUGUCCGUCAUCUCCACUGUUCAUCCCAGCGAAACCAGAAAAGAAAGCGACGAGGCGGACCAGAAAACACGACAAAAACAGGAACGGCAAUGCGUCUACAGACAACGACGAGCCCACGGCGGCUGAAUCCAAUAAGGCAGUGGAGAAGAAAAAGCGCUGCAAAGGUCACUCCAAGCACAAACGUGGCAAAGACAAUGCAGAGGUUACUAACACGAGAGAGGAGAAGACGCCGGACUGCCAUGGCUCUAAGGAGUCACGUCACGGGGAAGAGAGUGUGGCGUCUGCAGGGCUCGAGACGAAACAGAACCAGCCAAGUUAUGUCCAACCAACAAACAUUACCCGACCUUCUCCACCAAAAAUAACAGUGGAAAACCGACCUCAAGAGAAACUAAAACAAAGCAGAGCUGAGCCACUGGAUCUACAAAGUCCUCUGCAACUGUCCAUGCAGCAAAACAAUGCAGACAAAACACAAGUUUCCCUGCAGUUUGAGGCAGCAGCGACAGGGCAGAUGGGAGAGAAGCAGGAGGAACACGGAACACAUGAGAAAAACCUUGUCAACGAAAGACACAGAGACGUGGACGAAGCAUGUGUGGAAAUGAGUGCCGUGCUGGAGCCAGUCCCAAUCAAACACAACGGGUUCAAGGCAAACAUUUUGGAGCGGCGCCGCCUUCAGAAAGAGUUGUCGUCAGGUCCCAAAAGCUCCGGUUCAGAUGUGGAGCUGAGAGCAGAGAGCGAAUCAGUGCAAUCAGAGCCUGAGGAAGAUCCGGAGGAAGAGCCCGUCCCAGAACCUGUCCCGGAACCUGAUCUGGAAUCUCAGACCCGUGGAAAACGAGCCGAGGUGGAGGCCAUGAUUACGGUGCUGAAGACGAGCGACGCGGUGGAACAGUUGGUGCUGAGGAACACUGCUCUGACUGAUGACCUGCUGCUGAGCCUGUCUGCUGCCCUGAAGAGCAGCCCCUCCUCCGUCACGCUGCUCAACCUCAAUCUGAACCACAUCGGGCCGUACGGAGCCCACAUCCUGCUGGAGCUCAUGAGGGUCAAGCCCCACAUCCAAGCCAUACACUUGUUUGGGAACAGAUUUCGUGAUCAUGGCUUGCAGGCUUUACUCAGUGGUGUUGUGGAGCUGCAGGAGCAAACGGCUGCAAUGGCGGCUUCCAUCCAACAGGCCCUGCUCCUACCCCCAGAGCAUGAGGCCCUUGUGCAGCAGGCCAUGGCCUCUCUGCCCUGUGACUGGACCUGCUUUAGGCUUUUUGCUCUUGUGGAACUGGACAUUGGAGGGAAUGGCCUUGGCAGCGAAGGCGUAAGACUGUUAGCAUCUUACAUGAGGCAUCACUCGUACUUGCAGUACUUGGGGCUGGCACAGACUAGCGGGGCGGACAUGGCUGCUUGGAAGGAACUCUUUGAGAGCCUUAAAGAAAACAUGUUUCUGACUCAAAUCAUUUUAGACGAGAACAACUUGGGAGACCCCGGGGUCAGACUGCUGGCUGAGGUUCUGGCGGUGAACAUGAACCUUCAGAAAGUGGACCUGGAUGGAAACGGCAUCAGUGAUGUUGGAGGAAAUGACAUAAUGGGGGCACUGCUGGCCCGAACACAGCUCCCUCUGAGGCACCUGAGCCUCCAAAACAACAACAUCAGCACAGGACUCAUUAGCCGGAUACAAGAGCAAGUCACAUGUGCAUGA